AUGUUAAUUAGAUACGAAAAACGUCUUAGUCAGCCGGUAAUGGAAAAAAGUAAAUUUCUUAUGACAUGUCGGGAGACAAUUUUUAGAAACGAAUCUUUGUUAGAUUCUUUUUUGUCUGAAGAGAAAAAUAUCGUUAAAUUACACAGUGAUGAGAAUACAUUAAACUUUAAAGACAAAUAUGAUUUACUGGUUAAAUAUAAAUUAAACACGAAUCUCAUUACUCAAGACAGUAGCUCCCUGACCUCAAAAAUGUUUCCAUUUCUUUGCAAAUUUUUCUCAAAAAUGAAUAAAUUCAAAGAUGAUGGAUCAAACGAUAUUUUUAUUUCACCAGUCCCCUAUAUAUUAGAGCUACUAGAUGAAAUGAAAAGAAUUAACAAAACUCAAUACGCUUCCUUAGUUUUAUUGAUGACAAGCCAAAACAAAUUCCCAGAUUAUCGCAGCAGUAAAGAAAUUGCCAAAGAACAGUAUGAAGAUAUAAAAAUUGAGGUUUUAGAGAAAUGUAAGGCCAAUAGUAGGACAGAUUAUCAUGAACUCACGGAUGCUUUGUGGGAAAUGGUAGGAACAUAUACAGAAGUGUGUGGUAAUUGGUUUUCUUUCGUACAUGACUCAAUGUUAGAAAUUACUGCUUAUCAUUUUGGCUGUCAGUUUCCGGAAAUGAUUCUCAAAUAUAUGAGUAGUGACUACAUCGCAAAUUACAUUACAUUAGAAACGCAUGAAAUUAAAAAAAGAAAACCAGGAAAUAGUAAAGAUAUAAGUAACAAUGAAGACAGCGACGUAGAUAAUAAUAGCUUGCGGAUAGUAUUAAAAGAGACCUAUUACCGACAUCUAGCUACACGUUUGCUAAAAGACAUCGAAAAUGGGGAAUUGCAUAAUGUUUUUGGGAAUCCGUGUUUAAAGCAUUCGAAAUUUUGUCAUGCUUUUCUUGACGUAUUGAAGGAAAAAGAAUACCCAUACCUGUAUUCCGUUUUUUUUGCAGAGUUGACAGAUAAAUUCAAAAUUAAUGGAAACCAAAACGACAAAUAUAACUCAAAUGAAAGUGAAUAUUAUCAAUUCCUUAGCAUUUUAUUUGAUAAAAGAGGUUUACCAAAUCAUCUUGGUAUCUGGAACAGCAUUAAGGCAAUAAGCAUGGUUAUUUACUAUGGACAUGAUCAAAUUCUAAGAUAUAUCAUCGAUCAAAUCAUAUCGAUGACAGGAAAUGCAAAUGCUCUCUUUCAAACGUCAAACCAAAAAGAUUGCCAAGGACGUCAAGAAACUGAGAAUGAUGCGUCUUACGAAACAUUAGAUUUAGCAGAAUAUCAAGAUGUGACCGAAUCAAGUACCUAUUCAAACAACAGCAUAGAUUUUAUUCAGAGUACAAGUGCUAGACUGAUUGAAGAACAAUGGCGAUUACUUUGUCUUGGUUGCUAUUCUGGUGAUCUGAAAACUGUACAGACAUUACUACAACACGUCAGUAAAGAUGCUGUUAAUAAUACAAAAACAAACGAAGAUAAACUUUUCAAAGAUAUAAAACCGCUGGUUAUUGCAUGCUCACUUGGAUAUUUGGACAUUGCACAAGAAUUGGUGAGAGCUGGAGCAGAUGUUAAUCAAAAGGCAAAAUUUGAAACACCACUGACUGCUGCAUGUGAGAAAGGACAUUUAAGUAUUGUAACAGAGUUAAUAAAAUCAGAAGCCAAUUUAAACUUAGAAGAUGGAAAUCAAACACCGUUAAUUACAGCAUGUAAAGAAGGGCAUUUGCGAAUUGUUCAAACGUUGCUGAAAGCAGGGGCCUAUAUCAAUUUACGAAGCCAUUUUGAUACACCAUUAACUGCUGCGUACAAACAUAACCAUUUGCAAAUAUUUAAAGAGUUGUUAAAUGCGGGAGCAGAUUUCAAUAUAAACUACGGAAAGAAAACAUUACUAACAGCAGCAUGUGAGAAAGGAAACUUGAACAUUGUACAAUAUUUAAUAGAUGCAGGGGCCUAUAUUGAUUUAAGAUCCAACGAGGAAACUCCUUUAACAUCUGCAUGCAAACAAGGGCAUUUAGAUAUUGUUAAAGCGUUGAUUAGGGCGGGAGCUGAUGUCAAUUUGAAAGAUAGUUUUUAUACACCAAUAACGGCUGCGUAUGAAAAUGAACAUUUCCUUAUUUUUGAAGAGUUGUUAAAUGCAGGUGCUGAUGUUAAUAUACAAUACGGGGAAAAAACAUUACUUACAGAUGCAUGUGUAAAAGGCAAUUUGAUACAUGUAAGAGAGUUUAUAAAAGUUGGAGCUAACGUUAAUCUAAAGGAUAAAAAUAACACACCUUUGACAAUUGCUUGUUUAAAAGGACAUUUAAGUAUCGUAAGAGAGUUAAUAAAAGCACAGGCUGAUGUGAAUCUCGUCGAUGCUUUUUAUGCACCAGUAAUAAUCGCAUAUUUGGAAGAAAAAUACAAUAUCUUUGAAGAGUUAGUCUGCGCUGGAGCUGAUGUCAAUAUUAGUUUUAGGCAAACAACACUUUUGAUAAAGGAAUGUCAGGAAGGAAAUCUACCAAGUGUUAGAAAGUUGAUAAAAGCAGGGGCCGAUGUCAAUCGAAAAGAAAAAUAUUACACACCCCUUAUCAUUGCAUCCAAAAAAGGACAUUGCAAUAUUGUUCAUGAGCUGAUAUUGGCAGGGGCUGAUUUCAAUCAGAACACCUCUUCUUAUACACCACUUACAGCAGCAAUCGAAAUGGGACACCUCAAUGUUACGAUAGAAUUAAUUAGCGCAGGAGCUGAUAUAAAUUUAAAUUGUCAAGGUAAUUAUAUAACACCUUUAAUUCUGGCUUGUCGAAAGGGGCAUUUGAAUAUUGUUAAAUCAUUGCUUGAAGCUGAAGUCGAUGUGAAUCUUGGAACAACUUGGGAAACACCACUCAGAGCUGCAUUUAAUAACAAUCAUCUCAAUGUUGUUAAAGAGUUAAUAUUUGCUGGCUUAGACACUAACAAAACAUAUGGAGGAAAAACAUUUCUAACUUUUGUUUGUGAGGAACGCUAUUUAGGAAUAGUCAGAGCGUUGAUAAAAGCAGGAACAAAUGUCAAUACUCGAUAUAACAAUAGCACACCAUUAACAGUUGCUUGUCGAAAGGGAUAUCUGGAUAUUGUUAAAGAGCUGAUUAGAGCAGGAGGAGCUGAUGUCAAUCAAAAUGAUAACUAUCAUACACCUCUUACAAUUGCUUGCGGGCAAGGCCAUGGGCAAAUUGUUAAACUGUUGAUUCGAGAAGGGGCUGAUGUUAAUCUUAAAGAUGAAAAUCAGACACCACUGACAACUGCGUGUGAAAAUGGACAUUUAAGCGUUGUUCAAGAUUUGUUAAAGGCUAAAGCCAAUGUCAAUCUUAAAGAUAACUAUCACACACCUCUGACAAUUGCAUGCCUGAAAAGUCAUCUACAUAUUGUAGAAAAAUUGAUUCAGUCAGGAGCCGAUGUUAAUCUUGAUGAUGGUUAUCGAACGCCAUUAACACUUGCAUGUCAAAAAAGACCUUUUAGUAAAGAAUUCCUGAAUACCACCUACAAUAAAAGUGAUGAAGAUAAAAGGCAUCAUAUAAAUGCAUAUCUUAAAGGAAACCUGAGGUUUUUUGAAGAUUCCUCACAAUCAGGGGUCUGCGUCAGUUUAAACACCGAAAAACGUUUAAAAAUUGUUACAGAGUUGGUGAAAGCUGGGGCUGACGUUAAUUUGAAAGACUCGUUUGGAUCGCCCCUAUCGAAUGCAAUACAGCAUACACAUUCAUGUAUUGCGGCAAAAUUGAUUGAAUUUGGAGCUGAAGUUAAACUUGAUCCUAUAUACCACAAACUGCUACUUUAUUUUUGUCAAAGUGGAAAUAAUAUUGCUGUUAAAAGAAUGAUCGAAUCCGGAGCAGAUGUAAAUUUAAGAAUUAGCAGGCUUGAAACAUUAUCUUCUACAAAUGAUGAGAUGAAUUUGCUAAGCAAAGUAAAUCAAAUUCAAAAGAAAGAAAAUAAAAAUCGCGGUAAUGUUUGUGGAUAUCAAGAAGUAUUAGCGACAAAAGCACAUGACUGUGCCAAUAUGAAAAAUGAAUGUAAAACACCAUUAACGGUUGCAUGCCAAGGGGGUUUUUUGAAUAUUGUAAGAGAACUGAUUAUUGCAGGAGCUAAUGUCAAUCUUAGAGAUACAUUUUAUACUCCGCUAACAGUUGCGUGCCGAGAAGGACAUAUGUCUAUUGUAGAAGAAUUAGUGAAAGCUGAUGCUGAUGUCAAUAUGAGAGACGCUUUCAAUACACCAAUUGCGAUUUCCUGUGCAUAUGGACAUGUGUGUAUUGCUGAAGUUUUGAGAAAAGCAGGGGCCGAGCUUAUCUUGGAAAAUAAAAGUUCUUAUUUGAUGAUACGUGCCUGCCAAAAGGGGUAUAUUGCAUUUGUAGAUCAGCUGAUUCAAAUGGGAGCUGACGUUAAUGAAAGUUUUGAAUGUGUAUCGCAAACAAACUGUUCGUCUGAAGAAAGGGUGUAUGAUUAUCCAUAUGAAUGCAGUAAACCAUUAACAACAGCAUGUUUAUGCGGUCAUCUAGGAAUUGCAAAAGCGUUGAUUAAAGCGGGGGCAGAUGUCAAUAUUCGAGAUGGCAGUUAUACACCAUUAACAAUAUCGUGUAAAGGAGGACAUCUCUGUAUUGUUGAGGAGUUGAUACGAGCUGGAGCUGAUGUCAAUCUGAAGGAUUUAUUUAAUAAUCCUUUGACCGUGGCAUGUAAAAAGGGACAUUUCGCUAUUGCUGAAAUUUUGAGAAAAUCGGGAGCUGAAUUCCUUUAGCUUGUUGUAAGGAAUAGCUUUUUAUUG